UUCUGUUGCUGUUGGAUUUUCAGCAUAUGUCUAGUUUCCAGAAAAGUUAAGAUGGAUCGCUCGGGACAGGAUCACAAAGUUGUCACAAAUACUAACAGCCCUGUAACAUGCACCUCCAAAGAUGACACCAAGAAGAAACAGCCAAUCACAACCUGUCUGGUGAGUGCAGCCUUCUUCGGUACUCUGGGUUCAUCUUAUCUCUAUGGCUAUAACCUUUCGGUGGUCAACGCACCCGCUCCGUAUAUCAAAGCCUUUUACAACAAAACGUGGAUUGAGAGAUAUGAGGAGCCCAUUGGAGCAGAGACGGCCACCCUUCUGUGGUCCAUCACAGUGUCCAUAUUUGCUAUUGGCGGUCUUCUUGGAGCACUCAUCGUCUCACUGAUGGUCAAAGUCCUAGGGAGAAAGGGCACCUUGCUACUGAAUAAUGGCUUUGCCAUGGUAGCUGCUCUGCUGCUGACUCUUGGGGAGAAGGCAGGGUCUAUUGAGAUGCUCAUCAUUGGCCGUCUCAUCAUGGGAGUGGACUCCGGUAUAGCUCUCAGCGCUCUCCCCAUGUACCUCGGAGAAAUUUCCCCGAGACAUAUCAGAGGCUCCAUCGGCCAGUUCAAUUCCAUCCUGAUCUGCUUGGGGGUGCUCAGUGGCCAAGUGUUGGGGCUGACUGAGCUACUCGGUCAGGAGUCCAGGUGGAACUACUUGUUUGCCUUCCUGGCAGUGCCUGCACUGCUGCAGCUGUGUGCUCUGCCCUUCCUACCCGAGAGUCCUCGCUACCUGCUGAUGGAGAGGAGGGAUGAGGUCGGGGCAGAGAGAGCCUUCCAGAGGUUGCUGGGGAAGAAGGAUGUGUCCAAAGAGCUGGAGGAAGCCCAUGCAGAGAGCCGAACUCAGAACAACCUGCAGACCGUCUCCGUGUCACAGCUGUUGAAAAACCCAGCCGUCCGGUGGCAGCUCAUCACUGUUGUUGUCACCAUGGCCUGCUACCAACUCUGUGGCCUCAACGCUAUCUGGUAUUACACCAGUGGGAUUCUGCGGGAUGCAGGCUUUACCGACAAUAUUAUCCCCUACAUUACCCUAAGCACAGGCGCCAUAGAGACAAUGGCUGCCAUCGUCUCAGGCCUGGUAAUAGAGCGAAUAGGGAGAAGACCUCUCCUCAUAUUUGGUUUCUCCGCUAUGGCUGUGUGCUUCGGGCUACUCACAGUGUUCCUCAAUUUCCAGAACAGUGUUUCGUGGAUGCCCUACCUCAGUUACCUCUGUUUAUUGGUUUUAAUUGCCUCCUUUUGCUCUGGACCAGGUGGGAUCCCAUUUGUCCUGACUGGGGAGCUGUUUGAGCAGUCCUACCGCCCUGCUGCGUUUAUGAUUGCUGGUGUUGUAAACUGGCUAUCCAAUUUUGCUGUGGGCCUUCUGUUUCCUUUCAUUCAAGAGAAACUUGAGACAUACGCCUUUUUGGUGUUUGCGGUCAUUUGCAUCAUGGGAUCAGUCUACCUCUACGUCAUGCUACCAGAGACCAAAAACAAGACAUUCAUGGACAUCAGCCAGAGUUUUGCCAAGGUCAACAAGAUCCCUGUCCCCUGCCCUGGCCAAGAAAUGGAGUCAGUUCUGUCCAUGACGCCUGACAAGAAAGUGAAAAAUGGGAAAGUCACUGAUUUCGAGAGUUCCUUCUAACUACAGUACAGAGUUUGUUAGACAAACUUAGUGUUUAUCAUUUGUGCAUUUUUUAAGUGUAAUGAAUGAAGUGUAAAUUCAUCUUGUUUGGUGAGUGGCAUGAUAUUUUGUAAGUACUUUGCAGUAGUAUUGUGUAGUAUUAUAGUGCAGUAUUGUAAUGUACAACAAUAUUUUAUGAAAAAAACAUUGUUUUAUGUAAUAUUCGGGGUUUUGUGGAUUUUUUUUUAAAAUAUCGAAGCCUUAAAUCAGCCAAGUAGAACGAAUAUUGUAUUUUCUGAAUAAAAAAUGGUG